CCCAAAGCGAAAAAGGCCAAAACCCUUAAACCCUAAAAGCGCUCUCUCUCUCUCUCUUUCUCUCUCUCUCGAACCCACCCUUCAUUCAUUCAUGGCUCAUCGUCUGCUUCGUCCCUUGCGGAGGACCCUUCUCUCUCCUUACACCAAAACCCUAGCAUUUCUACAACCCUAUUUCUCACUAAAACCUAGAAAUUACGUCUCGGAUAUGCGAAAAUCGGCCUUCGAAGGCAACAUUCUCAGACUCCUCCGCAAUGAGAUCCAGUAUGAGCUCGAGCGCUCUCCUCCCAAACCGGCUGUUCCAGAGAUCAAUUUAUUCACACUUGAAGAACGGCCUGGGGAGCAGUGGAUAAGAUUAAAUAGGAAAUUUGGGGAAAACGAACAGAUUAAAGUUGAAGUGACUAUGUUUGAUGGGUCUCUUCCUGACAAAAAACGUGAUGUUGUUCCCAUUGAUGAAGACGUGGAACUUCACAUUACAUUGAUUGUUGAUAUUUUUAAGGGAGAAAGCAGUCAGGUUUUGGAGUUUGUCUGCUCGGCGUGGCCGGAUAGCAUAGAGAUUCAGAAAGUUUUCUUGCGUGGUCAUGAAAGGAUGCCGGGUCAACCUUACAUGGGUCCUGCAUUCACGGGGCUGGAUGACGAACUGCAGGAUUCGCUUUACGAAUUUUUGGAAACAAGGGGUAUAAAUGAUGAACUUUGUACUUUCUUGCAUGAAUAUAUGAAGAACAAAGAUAAAACCGAAUUUAUUCGGUGGAUGGGAACUGUCAAGUCUUUCAUAGAAAAGAAAUAGAGGGAUUGAUUCUAUAGUGCUUUGUCUUUUGUUGAAUCUUAUUUGCAUUUAUUAAUGAAUAGCUCGCCUUGUUAAUAAUUAUUCACUUUGUAGCGGAGGAGUCAAAACUAUUAUCAAGUUAAUGAGAGCAUGACACUGGGCUGAUUUUCUGUAUUCUAGAAAACAGUUUAAAUUACUAAAAAUUUUCAAGUUCAUAGUUUUCA